CUUUACUGUUACUUCUGAAGGAAGUAGCCAAUAUGAUUUCACUGAUACUUCUGAAGAGCAUAGCCAAGAUGGUUUCACCAUUGAUGAAAUUGCUCUUGCAAAUGCUUUUGCAAAUACUCAACUCUUACUUGAUGAAAACAAUAAUAAUUAUGGCUAUAAAGAAAAUAAUAAUUAUGAAGAUAGUAAUGAAGACAUUAAUGAAAAUAAUGAAAAUAUUGAUAACAAUGAAAAUACUAAUGAUAAUGAUAAUGAUGAUGUAGAAGUUGAACAAACAUCUGACUGA